AUUCAGUAGUUUUCCGGCGCUCGCUGUGUGUAGUGAAGCCAAAGACUUUGCGCGUAGUAGUAAUUUAUUGCCAGGAAAACUAAUAUACAAAGCCUUCGCCGUUCUCUGUUAUGUGAAACGGCAGUGAAUCGUUGCUUUCUUAGCAUUACGGUUCAAUUGCUAGUCCGAAGAGGAAGGAGCCGCCAGCUGGAUCGAUAUGCCGAAGUACUACUGUGACUACUGUGACACCUAUCUCACGCACGACUCGCCGUCGGUGCGCAAGACCCACUGCAAUGGCCGCAAGCACAAGGAAAACGUCAAGUUCUACUACCAGAAAUGGAUGGAGGAACAGGCCCAAAACCUCAUUGACGCCACAACGGCGGCAUUCAAGGCGGGAAAGAUCCAGUCUUCACAGUUUCAGGCCAAGCCUCUGACCGGAGCAAUGAUCCCUCCGCCAGCAGCGCUACAACCGGGUCCUCCGCAGAGGAUGCCACUAGUUGGGCCACCACACAUGGGACCGAUGCCGGGCCCCAUGCCGGGCCCUAUGCCAGGCCCCAUGCCCAUGAUGGGACCCCCUGGACCAAUGCCCCCCAACAUGAUGAUGCCAGGCAUGAGGCCACCGAUGGGGCCUAUGGGGCCCAUGAUGGGACCCAUGGGGCCAGGGCCCGGCCCCAUGCGACCACCCCUGGUAGCGGGGGCUCCGAAGAAGUGAUCUUCUGUUAUGACGGAUGUGCCGUUUCACUUCAAUUCAUCUGUACAUACAAGGAACUGUUGUCACCCCAUCAGCGAUCACACUGCACCACCGGCGUGCCAAGGACAUCAUCGUUUGACAAUAAAGGGUUGUUUAUUUU